AUGACCAGCAAAAUUCUGCUGCUGUUGACGGAAUCGCGCUGAAGGGAGUGUAUGGAAGGAUGAACGGAUUCGGCCAGGAUGUUCUUGUGGGGUUGGUGGAACUGGUUGUGGUCACACCACCCAGCCACUGAGAAAAUCCAUGUUGCUUUGGGAAAAGCAGAUCGGAACCAGUCUUGGGACCAAGCAAGAACAGAAAGAUUGCUCUGAACAAGGAGAAACAGACGGAGAUUGAUCGAGGAAGGCCGUCACAGACGAGGAUUGCUUAAGAUUUCGUUACUUAUUCGAGGUAAAGCACAGAACCAAUCAGAUCUCUCCUCACUACAGCAAACCUCCCUUCUUCCGGGGGUGUUCUAGGGCAUCACCCCUCUCUCUAUGUGCCGACGUACAUGUGGACUCCGAUCGCCAGCAGGAAGAUGGCAAUGAGGGCGAAGUAGAUGAUUGCGUGGAUCAUGAUCGACAGUCCGCUGGUCUGAAAGUUGCCGAACUCCACGAACUUGCUCUUCCCCGGCAACUGGAUCAGCAGCCCCGGCGUCAGCAGGAUGAAGAGCACCACCGCGAUGAACACCGGUCCCCAGUCCGCCAUCUCCCCUCCUCGAAUCUACUCCCGAUCCUCUGA